GCUUCUCCGGAAGAUACCCAUGGCAAUUUUGACAUAGUAUUUCCCGAGAGAUUAAACAUUAAAGGACGAGCAAAGAGAGAUUUGUUUACAAAAUCAAAGGUACAUAAUCAAGAAGAACUUACGUUUAUAUCUAGGAAUAGUCGCUUGAGCUCUCUUCUACCCUUGUCUAUCGAUUAUGAGCAGGGCUGGGCUGGUGAUUCAGAAGAUAGGAAGUGUUACAAAUCGACGAAGGCCAUUUUCUUCAGCAUCUGUGAGAAAGAAAGUAAAGACCGAAGAGGAGCAAUUAAAAAUGACAAUUUGUCGCUCAAAUCUUUGCCUGUCAAUCUGCCUGCUAAAAAAGUUCUGCGGACACCACGAAAGGAUUAAUUUUACAUUAUAGUUUGAUCCGGGGGGGGGUUACUGCCAUAUAUGGGCUAUACAGGUAUGUGCCGCUGUGAAGGGUAUGGUUUUCAAGCAGUUUACUCUAGGAUAGGGUAUAAAUCAGAGCGUUUGGGUCUAGAAUAGGGUAUCAUUUUUUUAGGAAACUGAUCAGUUGGUUGAAGAUUUUAUCUAGACUAGGGGUUGUGGUAUAAGGUUUUGUUUUGGCUAGACUGUGCUAGUGACCUCGGUAGUUUCUAGAAAACAAUGAGCUACUCUAAGAUAGGGGGGAUUUGGGGAGUUUACUGUAGUGUAGGGUAGCAAAAUUCAGCUGAACUAGCUCUGGUAUAAUGGCGCUUCAAUCAAAUUUGUUGCCGUUUUAACACCAGAAAGGACACGACGACCGGGCUUCCUUCAAACUGAAAGCCUUUGGCAAACAAGUGGCUGUGGACGUUCGUCUCAACAAGUAAGUGCUGUAGGUUUUAUAACUGGGAGAAAAUAUUUCCUAUGUUUUUGAGAGGUAGCAAAAUCUCUAGGAAAAAAAACUUCCUCACCCACCUCCCCCUCCCGGGACAAGACGAGAGGCUCUCCACUGCGAGAUUUAGGUACGGUGGAAUCUCGAUAUAACGAACCACUAUAUAACGAAGUCAUCAGUGUAACGAACGAUUUUCUUUAUAAUUUAAAGUUAAUUGGAUAAAAUUGGGCAAUAAAUCGUAAGUUCGCCUUCAAGGCUCCCCCGAAAUACUUAGCAGACACCUUGCUAAAUUUUUUGUUUUCUUUUAAUAUUCAGGCUAGUUUUGACACCACAAUUCACUUUACGUUAUUUCAAGGAAGAUGGCCAACUAGUGGAGCAAAAGGUACAUAUAAGGUAUAAGAUGUAUGAAUAUAAAGCAAAAUAUAUAUAUAUAUAUAUAUAUUACUUGGAUCAAUUUUCAAUAGACCUUUUGAAUAUCUUAUUUCUCUAAGGAAUAGACCUGCGUCCUCUUGUAAUAUGGUGCGGGACGAAGACUUCGUCUUUCGCUUCAACGAUUCACGGCCUAAAAAGCUCGCUCCUCUCGCUUAGAAACUCGUGAGGUCGACUUGUGGCAAGUCUACCAAAUGGAUAAAAAUAGACAACUAAGGGUGGAAUUGAAUUUUAGUAGGAGAAGUUGACAGAUGAAAGAAAUUAAGUUAAGUUAAGUUACCUUUUUGAAAGUUAUUAGCUAUUAGACCGCAGAGAAAUUGCUGGGAUAACAAGUGCUUAAUUGUACAUUACUUGCGGGAUGAAAUAGUCUGAAAAUCCUUUUGCUAAUCUAACUGAAAAUACUUGCAGAUACUUAAAUGAUAGCUUAACUAAUAAUUAUUUAUUUUGUAAUUGUUUUCUUUUUCUUGAUUUUUGUUUUGUAUUGUUUUUGUUUUUGUUUUUUGUUUUUUUUUUUACGUCAAAUAACAGGUAGCUCCAACCAACUGCCACUACCAAGGUUAUGUGAUAGGACAAGCGAUGGGGUCGACAGUUAUCCUUGAUACCUGUUAUGGAUUGAGGUAAUAAAAUACCUAAACAUAUGCAUUUACAUGUGGUUCAUUUCCUUCCUAACCUAAAUUUUAAAUAUUUAUAUAUAUUUUUUUGUUCCAUUUCUUUAGUGGCAUGAUCGAAGAUGAUGAAGGACAAAUGUACAUCGAACCAUACCCCACUAAGGUUUACAUUUGAAAUCACGGCAUUAAAUUGGAACACCCCAACAAAACUCUUUGCAAAAUUAAUGUGUGAUUAAUUCAUUGUAUUAUAGGGCAGGGGAGCACACAAGAUUUAUAAAACAAAUAAUUAUGAAAAGGAGAAAGGAUUUUCAUGUGGUAGGCAAAAUUAACAGAAACUGCUCUUUAAAAGCAAAUCUUCCAAACGGUAAUCUUUUAAAAUACCAGAAUAUCAGAGAAGUCUCUACAUAAACUUUUGCCUUAUAAAAAAUAUAUUUUUAACAAGGAAUGAUGAGUCCUGAAGAAAUGCCAGCAGAAGAAGCAAGUGGCACCCAGGCAUCUUCCUCCAGGGUAAGCCUAGAAACUUUUUAUGAACAAUAUACCAUAAAAUUCUGCUUAUAAGCCCCACCCCCUCUUACAGGCCCCCCUAGUUAUAGGCCCAUCUACUUGUAAACAACAAAAAAAUACAUCCAGUUAUAAGCCCCUGCCCCCUCCCCCUUCCCCACGGAUAAAUGCUAAUGAGAAGAACAAUUGAGAAUUCUUAAUUGCAAAAGAGUUGGAAUCUUGUCAGUUGCUAAUUUUACAAUGGACACCAGAGUCUUCCGAAUAAAAUGUGCAUGUCGCGAUACUGGGAAAAGUACAUAUCAACUGUUGGAUUUUUCCUCACUAACUAAAAAUUGUCAAACAACCAAUGCCACAAUUUUAUCUAGCUGUGGUAACUCAAAAGAUCACAAAAAUCAGCAAACAGGCAAGUAUAUUUAAAAGUACUACUUUUGCCUCACAAAGAUUAUUCUUGGUUCAGAAUUAGCUACCAUUAAUAAAGUGCAGUUCAUUCCAGCAUGAGUUGCCCAUGACUACAACAAUAUUGUGCACCUCAUUAGCAUAUAAGAAACAAGUUGUACAAAUUCACUCUAAUGAUAACCAAAAUUUGCAUGGAAAAAGAUAUUGGGACAUUAAAAACUUGCAUACAUAAAUGACAAAUAAAGGAUCCAUACUUUCAACAGCUACUGCAGUUGUAGGAGAGUUGAUCAUAUAUGAAGUUUUGAAGAUGAUGAUGAUGAUGAUGAUGAUAAAGAUGAUUAGCAUGAGGAUGAUGAUGAUGAUGAUGAACAUAUCUGUUCAGAGUUCUUGAAACUAAUUCUUAGCUUGUUCCUUGUAUUUUUUUUUUUUUUACCUUUUUAAGAAUAAAAGAGAGGCAGAAGAAACCAUAUACAAGAAAUAUCUAACAACCAAAAAAACCCGAUAUGUGGAAUUAAUGAUUAUUGUUGAUAAUGUGGUGGUAAGUGAAAAAAAAUUAAACAAUUAAACAAACAUGCAGGCCUGUCUGCCUGUAAACAAAAAAAUAUAUCCACUUAUAAGCCACCCCUGUCCCCAGACAAAUCUAUUAUUACGUUUUGUCUUUGUAACUUUCACAAGCACUGCUAUAUAGCGGCCUCGCAUUCCAGUUAUAAGUCCCUGCGAUAUAAGCCCCUCCAUUUAGAAACCCUCCUAAAACCUCUUGCUAAGAUACAAAAACCCAAGGCUUAUAAGCGGCAGUUUAAGGAAUUCUGGUUACCAAAAAAAUCCAGUACUGAUGCAUCCAGGAUUGCCAACAGCUUUGAAAUUUAUAAAAAUCAUCUACAAUAAUUCAACAAAAAUUCACAAGGCCAACAAUAAUAAAAUGGAGGGACAAAAGCAAAUGAGUUGAUGAAAGCUGUCAAUGAAAACUGAAUCAAUCAGUUAACAUAUUCAAUUGAGGAGUUUAAUGGAGAGAAAGCAAUUUUGUUCUUGUACACCAGCAUGCACAGCCGCCACGACAUCACCUGAAAACCAGCGAUAAUGGCAAAAAUGCAUGUACCUGGCCACCUGUUACUAUAUCAUAACAUUAAGCGAGAAUGUGACUUUUGACAAUUAAUCAGCACUUUUCAUAAAAUGUCUUUUUCUGUCAGCAUGUUAUUUAGCCCAAAUAUAAAGGUAAAUGGGGUAAAUAAAGAUACAAAUUCAAAGAUAUAAGGCUAUGUGUACGGUGUUGCUUCCCAAAAGCGUUACAUAGGCCAAGUGCACCAUUUCGGUGCACUGUGCACUGCACCGAAUUCGGUGCACUGGUGCACCGAAUUCAGUGCACUAGUGCACCGAAUUUAGUGGAAAAGUGCACCGAACUCGGUGCACCAAGUGCACCGAAUUCGGUGCACUAGUGCACCGAGUUCGGUGCACUAAUUCUCAGUCUCUAGAACGCUAGUCACAUCGUGUUUUGUUUUUAACUUUUGGACGAUGUUGUUUAAUCAGCUCUGAUCAGCUUCCCAAAGACGUGAUUUUACGCAUUUUUAGUUUUAUUUCGUUUCAUCUCAUUCGAAGAACCAUCUCUCUUGUUUGCAAAAGUGGAGCAGGAUUUCUGAAGAUCCGUCGAUUGUGAGAAAGGUUCCCAUCGAAAAUUUUGAGUCAAUUCGAUUGCAUGAAUCUCUUACCUUCACGCAGCUGAAGAAUGUCGUCGAAAGUUAUCUGGGUUCGCACAGCAGACAUCAAACUAAAACAAACACGGUUUGCUCGCAGACGAGUUUAUACCGUAUCGGCUUUAAAGUUGGGCUUCCGUUGGGAUUUCACUGUCCAAACACCAGUAAUUCUUCUGAAAAAUAUCUUUGAAUUCAUGUUUAAUACGGCUUGAUCAACUUUAUACAGGUAGCGCUGGCCGAAGUUGUAGGGGAAAGGCUUUAAUAAUAUAUUUUCGACAUCUGCGUUUGUGUGUUCCACGUGGCCUAGUGGUAACGAAAGCAAGCUCGGCGCGCCAAAGGUACCAAGUUCGAAUCCGCCGAUGAUAACUUUUUCUCUUCGCUUCUUUGCCUUUUCUUUUCUAUUUCUUUUUGUUUAGUUUUCUUUUUAGUUAUUGCAGUUUUGUAAUGUUUCUUUAUAUAGCUUAAGAUUUUUAGAUUUAUAAAUUUUCUUCUCUAUUAUCUUAUCUUGCCAUUCCCCCGAAGUCCUUCGCGAGGUCCUACGAUUUACAUCUUUCUAGUAAACAAAUCGAAAAUGUGUUGUACGAAAUGGUGAACCAAAGUGCACUGUUUCGGUGCACUAGUGCACUUGCUAUUUAGUAUUCGGUGCACUAGUGCACUGAAAUACUAAUAACAGUGCACUUUGGUGCACCAGUGCACCGAAAAAGUGCACUUUGGUGCACUAGUGCACCGAAAAAGUGCACCGUAUUACUUCUCGGGACAUGGCCGCCUUGGACAUGCCAUUCAGACGGCUGUGUAUAAAAGUGGGACGGGGACAAGGGGACGGGGACAUCGGGACGCGUGUGUGGGGACUUGGGACUUGGGGACGCGAGACGAGGGACUUGGGGACGUCAAGUAUGGGACGCGGGGACGCGGGGACGUCAAAAACUAGGACGCAGGGAACCCGGGAUGUUAAUGAUUAUUGCAAAAGUCGGAGGUAAAUGCGAUAUCUCUUUCUUCGUGAAAAUGUGUUAUUUAUGGUCAACAUUAGAUUCCAUCUUCCAAAACCACAUUGGACACCUUAUGAUGUUUACACAAAAUAUUUCUUUAUAAUAGAAGUAUUAAAAGCCCACUGACUAUCGUGAUCAGGUUUAGGGUUGAUUUCCACUGUCGCGUAAUUUUUCCAUGCCUACGUGCGUAAAAUUCACGUUCGCACAUAAAAUAGAGGCAAUGUCUGAAAGGCCGCACGUAAGCGUAAAAGUAGAAUCUCGCUCAACUUCACGUUUAAUCUCGACAAUUUAUAUCUUGCCUAUCUUAUUUACGUGAUUAAAAUUUACUUGCGUUCACGUGCAUAGCCAAAAACGCGUCGGUGGAAAUCAACCUUUAAGUACUGUUAGCAAGCAAGGGACUGUUAGGUUUGCCACUAAAAAUGUCGAACAAAAUAAAUAUUGCUGCAAUAGUUGAAUCCCUCGUGGUUUAGUGGUACAGGCGAUGGAUUUCGGAGUUAGAACUUUGGGAUUCGAAGCUCGCUAAUGCCCCUUAAUUUUUAUUUAUUUGGAAUCGAAUGCUGUUAUUCUACAUAAUUUUUGGCGAUCGCAACCGCAACCCACCCUACCCCAAUUGGCUCCAAUAUUCCAUCAGCAAGAAGACUAGGACAACGGUUUCACUUUCUUCAAUGCAGGGGGGUCUUCGCCGAGUCUUCUCUUCGCAAACAGGCAUGGAGGAACCCUAAGGAGGGCAGGGUGGGUUUCCUUUCACCAAAACAUAUUCACGAGGAAAGUGACUGAUAUCGCAUUUACCUGCGACUUUUGCAAUAAUCAAUCACAUCCCGCCUCCCCUGCGUCCCUGUAUUUGACGUCCCCGCGUCCCCGUCCCACACGUCCCCGCGUCCCAUAGUUGAUGUCCUCAAGUCCCUCGUCUCGCGUCCCCACGUCCCAAGUCCCCACACACGCGUCCCGAUGUCCCCGUCCCCUUGUCCCCGUCCCACUUUUAUACACAGCCCAUUCAGACAGAGUAAAAUACACUCGUUUUGUACGGUGAGAAAAAAAUUAGGUAAAUGGCUUAAAGAAAAAUAUUCUUUGGUCAUUGUGCAUCUUGAAAAGACAUUUUCUUGCGUGACAACGAGUAAACAAUAUCCUGCACGAAGGAUUUUGUAGCAAACAUUCGUUUCUGUGUUAGCCAUGUUGGACAACGGUAAGUCAUCAUUUUUCAUGCUAAGAACAUGUCUAAAAUUUUCGUAAUCUGCUGGAAAAAAUGGGAAACAAGUGUUUGUUUUAUGUGCAAGUCGGACUGAGUAAAAAACCGGACAAAGUUUGGCUGUAAGUUGCUCGGUGCACAACAUUUUACAUUUCAGCGCCGUUAAUGUAACGCUUGAGAUGUCAACACACAAGUGAAUUCAUGUUAUAAUUUUGGAAUUAUGCCAUUCCUACCUCUAUAAAUGCCACUAAAGUUUAGUAAACAUUGCAAUUAUACUAGUGUUGUUAUUUCAUAAGAAUUGGUUGGAGCGUUAAUUCAUAAUCAUGCAAAAAGUAUCCUGAUUCACUCGAACUUUGGUUUGUAAGCGAACACCGUACACAUAGCCAUAAAUACAAUUAAAUAUUUCUUUUUAACAACAGCGAUAUUGCUGCCGAAAAUGUACAUUAUAUGCACAUACCAAAGUUACUUACGUUUAUUGCGCUGAGCAUCUUUCUCUCCUCUCGCUUUGAAAGAAGGCAGUAAAAUGCACUGUAUGCAGCAAAGGUCUCAGUGGGUUCCGUUUCGACCGAUCACAUGUUGAAAUCAGACAGGCGUUUACCGGGGAGACUGGAACAAAGUCUGAGGAACUUGUACCCAGUUUCUCGCCGGGGUUCCGCAAAAGAUUGGUUUCGUGAUCCAUUUUGAUGCACAGAAGCCGUUAUCAAAACUCUUUCAACUUGUACAUUUUGCAAUUUGCGAUAAAUAUGUAGAAUCGGCAGCACGGCUUUGCUCACCUUUUCAAGGGAAGAAAAGAUUUUGCAAGAUUCACAGAAGUCUUCAUGAAAUAUCGUUAAUUGGGUUAAUGUUAGGCUUUUGUACAUUAUGCUAGCAUUUUUUCGAGCAUUUUAGUGAGGCAAAAGCAUUGUGCAUUAUUCGAGCAUUUUGGUGGCAUUUUCCCCGGAAAAUUAAUUUUUCCGAGAAAAUAAAAUAGAAAUUAACUUUUUUCAGGAGCCCAUGCCCCGUGAGCUCCUGCUUUUUUAAACAAAAUGAAGACUAGAAUUCAAAAUUCACAAAAAACCUAAUACAGCUGGUUUUUUUGGCUGUAUUUAUGAACUUGCAUACGUUGUCGUUGUUACUUGCAACACUUGCACGUUUUUGUAAGUGUAAACUUUGAAAUUAAUUUAAAAAAAUCGUUUGUAUAACGAGCAUUAUCCGAGCAUUUUAGUGACUUUUUUGGGGAGACCGAGCAUUUUAGUGGGAAAAAUGGAGCAUUAAGGUGGAGCAUUUUAGUAGGGAAGCAAAAGCAUAAUGUACAAAAGCCCAGUUAAUGUUGUCCCCUGCGUUCCAACCUGUACAUAAGUUCUUUAUCAUUUGUAGUACAAGAAGUACAAGCGAAGUAUUGCAGACGUAAAACGAAGAGUUUUUACCCUAGUAAACGCGGUAGAUGCGGUAGGUUCACGAAUGCAUUUACAUCUGACAGUAUGGCUGAGAAUCGCAUGAUUCUAAGCCAUAGUAUCAAUGUGUCAGCCCCUACAAUCUCUCGUAAUGGAUUGGAGAUUAUAUAUUAAAGCCUGAGAUAUGUAACUCAAGUUUGUAAUUGAUAGUUUAUAAUUGUAGCCUCAUCAAAACGAGGCUGCGAAUAACGGAAAACGUCAUCACGGAUGAGGGGAUCCGGUUGGAUUCCGAAAGCUCUGUUAAACUUUCAGCAAAUUGUUGAUGUUGAAGAAAAUUUUUUAAUAAUUUAUUUUUGUUGUUCUCUGUUUGUUUGUUUCUCUUUUUUUGUUUGUUUUUGUUUUUUGUUUUUACUGCUCGCUAUUUUAGAUAUACCGCAAGAUAAACAUCCGAGUGGUUUUAUCGGCUUUGGAGAUAUGGACUGACAAAGAUCACGUCCCAUUUGUGAAGCAAGCUGGCGAAGAUUUGAGAAACUUCGAAAAUCACCGUUCAAGCAAUCUUGCUGGCAUCAGAUACGACAGUAUCCAUUUAUUAAGGUAAGAAAACUAGUUUAAAUACCUGACAAAAAGAUAUUUGCACCUAAAUCAGUGACGCUUUUCUCAAAAAAAAUAAAGGAAAAUAAAAAUAAAAAAACGUGAGUGCAUCGGAAUAGGCCACCUCCGAGUUCCAAAAACCCACACUUUCAAAAUGAGGCUAGGUGCACAACCUUUCUCGUGAAAGAGAAUGAAAAAUGAUUUCCAUAUCAAAGGCUGAGCUCCUACCCUCGCUUUGAAACAGAGGCCAGAGAGAACUCGGAAAUGGCCUAUUACGUGGUCAAGUUUGCCUCGCCAUGCACGCUAUGUUCUCCCCAUAUAAGGAAUUCCGGAUUCCAAAACCUGAAAGGACUAGGAUCCAGAAUCCAAGUUCGACUGACAAAGACUGGAAUCAAGUACCUAGAAUUGGGAAUCCACGGAGUGGAUUUCAGAAUCCAAGACUAUCUUAGAUUCCUUUACAUGGGGCGACUAUGUUCACGACUAUGUGCCGACACAAUAAGCUAUCCGGUGAAGUAUGAAGGCCUAUCCGAUAUAGUGUGACUCUCCACUUGAGAGAUCUGCGCGCUGCAGCUUCGCUCCGUUACAGAAAUAGCGCCGAAAUAACCGUUCUUGUUUGUGAACAGCGUAAAUCCGCGACCAACUCAUGGAGUGCACAAGCCAUUUGAGUAAAAAGGCGCAUCUUUAAUUUGAACUGCUAUGACCAGUUUAACGAAAUUGAAAUGCAACAAUAAAAAAAAAAUUAAGCAAGUGCUCCGCUCAUUUAAUUUCUUUUGCUAGUUGACAACGCUUCCCAAAAAGUAUGUAGCGCAGUCAGAUCCGGGGUAGCCCAGAUCAGUCAAAUCAUAUUAAAUAUGUAUAAAGGUAUCAUGAAAAAAAGUUGCACUCGAAUAAAUUCUUUGAUACGUUAAGGGUCGGCCUUUAAUUGGAGUGCAAUUACUCACUUUCACACCUAGGGAUUUACAAUUGAGAUUUACAUCAAACCGUUUGAUUACAGCCACCGAUUCUUUUACGAGAGUAGUCGGAAUUUGGCUGGCUUUCCGAAAACUUAUUUAUUCAAAUAUUACUCCGCGCAUUAAGAAAAUGAGCACUGUAAGUACUUGUCCCAAAAGACAAUAGCAUUUUGGGCGAUAAGCCUUAUAUCCGGUAUGGUCUUUGUUCCGGCACAAAAGCUAUCCCGUUAAGUUUAAACAUAGCUCGGAUCUCAGAUCUCUCGAUAUAACUUGGUGACUCUCAUCUCAGGGGCAAAAUGUGGGACGAUUUUGGAGGGAUGGCGUAUAGAGGAGAAAUAUGCACCAGAAGAUCCCUGGGUGUUGACGCGGUAAGUUGAAAACUGUUCCCAAAUUUCCUUAAUUUGUGUGAAGUAACACAACACAGGCUUUUUGCUGGGAUUGCGCAAAUAUUGCUUUCAUAUACUGUACCUACACAACUCUGUCCCCUUGAGCAAGUCUUUUUGACGAAAAUAGAUAGGCUUGGGCUGUAUUCAUAGAGUUUAAUAUUCUAGCAAGCGGUAUGGUUAAAACAUAUAAACUUACUCCCCGUAAUAACGUUCUCGUAUUUGUUCAAGUUUUAAUUAACGUCUUUUCUGUUUUUGGUUGUCAGUGGAACUACUGGGGAUCACUUGGUCCUUGGCUAGCACUCUCUCACGAACUUGGACAUAACUUAAACUUCGACCACGACAGUAGUAUGUAGUCAUUUUAAAGCUGUUUCACCAUUCAUUUGUUCGGGACGAUUUAGUUGAAAACAUGUCUGAUAUGCGAUGCGACAAUCAUUAUCAUAACUUCAUCAUUAUCCAUCGUCGUGGUCAUCAUCAUCAUUAUCAAAAUCAGUUAUUUUUCCCUUACUUACAAGUCAAGAGAAAUUGGAGAAAAUCGAAGUUGGUCAGUGUCGGGACUUAAAUUUAUGGCUAGCACAAGCUAAGCUUAAACAAAACUAAUGUAUGUUCACAAUACGUACUUGAAUAACAAUGGUACAAUACAUCUUCUAGAAUGAAAGGAUAACACCCAUGCCAUAAGUUUGUUUAGCUGUUAUCGUAUAUCUAUGGCAUUCUAUUUGCUAAAACCAUGCAUAACUUUAUAUUUUAGUUUCGCAUUUUGGCAAGUACAGUGACUCAUGGAAUUAAAAGAUAUACCAUGAAGUCUUGUGAAACUCUACAUUCUUACUGAAUUAAGCUGUUACUCCUUCUAUAAUUACAGUUUGGCCGAGUUGCAAGUGUCUUUCUCCUCGUGGUUGUGUCAUGGGAAGUUUCAAGUGAGUGUUGCCGUUCUUAAACUAGUGGGAACAUUUUUCCAGCUUCUAUCUGCAAUGCUGUUUAAGGGUUAGGUCAACGUACUCUUAUUUGCUGAGUACGGUUCAGGGAAUUGAAGUCUUUGACUCCCCUGAGUGGAGUAAGGAGCGGUUAUGCACAGCUGGCGGUUUUGUUUGCAGAGCGCGAAAUGACCAGCUAUCUUUGAAAUGUUUGCUUGUGAAAACUGGAAUCCUGGGUUUUGGAAUCCGGAGUUCAGUCCGAGGAAUCCGGACUCCCGCGAACGGCUACAAUCCGGAAUCUGCUGACAAGGAAUGCGGAAUCCACUGUGUGGAAUAGAGAAUACAAGACUGUCUUCGAUCACCUUAUGGGGCGACUUCGGACUUGCUGAUCAGCUAUGACAGAAAGUUUUAGACUGUAUUAAGAGAUUCAUAUGGAGACUAAUAUAUUUUCUUUAUCUUACAAAGGACUCGUGUCCCUGGGUUCUCGGACUGUAACUUACAGAACAUGUCUUCCAUUGAUGACAGUUGUCUUCACAACCUGCCAAAGAAGGUAAAACAACGAAAGCAAGCUCCGAGUAUAAAAACUCGAGUGUAGCUCUUUCCUACGUUGCAAGUGAUGAUCGUGAUCCAGUACUAAACACUUGGAAAACGAGGACAUCUGAGUAGGCGAUUAGGGUAUCAAUGAAAAUUAAGGUGAUGUUCUUCCUUCGAUUUUCAUUUUUAAUAGCUCCGAUCUGCCUACGUGCUAGUCCACGAAGGACUUGUAAGGCCUGCAAAAUUUUAUGACUCAUACCCUGUGUGAUCACAGUUCAGUAACAACAGUUAGUUAGAUGGUGCAAUCUGCGCAGUUUCCUUACGAUAUGUUGAAAAUAGAAAAGAAUGAGUAAAAAAAGGUCGCAAACAAAUAGCCGAUUUAAAUACGUCACGACCCGUUUUUCUCUAAUUAGCGAGGGUUUUAAGUGAAACGGAGCAGACUAAUUUUAAUCAAGCGAAAGGACCCUUCUAGAAGAUUCGCAGUUAAAUAACUCUUUAAUUGCUAAGCAUGGCAGAUCAGACCACUAAUUGGUCCAGCCCUUUACUUAAGGGCAUAAGCACCUGAGUUUGUUAAUAUUUUUAGGUAGUAAAUCCGCGAUGCGGAAAUGGCAUUCCGGAGCCUGGAGAAGAGUGCGACUGCGGUACACCAGAGGUAUAUUUAACCGGAUUUGUUAAAAGCACUGCGCACAUGUAAUUUUUUGCUUUAUUUAAUCUUCUAGAGUUGCCAACAGUCGAGUGAGUGAUCUAAUGCGUGAGCGCCGAAGGUGCGAGAGACGUGAUGUCUUAAGUCUUACGCCGAUGUUAACUGAAAAUAGUUGGGGUGCCCGGAUUUUGUGACCCGCCUAAAAAUUCCACCAAUCACAAUCCAUAUUCCUAGACCUUGGGGUUUAUAUUUUUCACGGUUGAUUGAAAAGUUUUCUUUAAUAUAUGAAAGUUAUAGGAGGUGAAAUGAGCGUAACAACUAAAGAAAUGAAGACAAAAAUUUCUGACUAAAAUAAGAUUAAGCCAGUUUCAACUCGAUUUCUUAACAAUCCACGAUCACUGACGUAAGGUUGUUUUAUCGCAGGAUUGCAACGUGCGAGAUCCCUGUUGUGAGCCAAACGACUGUCGACUAAAGAAGUCCUCCCAGUGCAGUGACUCUAUGAGUACAUGCUGUCAGAAAUGUCAAGUACGAGAAAACUUUACUGCAGUAUACAGCUACUUUUAAUUCACUAGAACAAAUGGCUGCCAUGCUCUGUAGGGAAAAGUUAGUGGCAAACGAAAAACGUGACGCCUCAGAGCGAAUUAUGCGGACAACAUUGCGAAAUGUUGUAAAUUCAGCCCACUUUAGAGUGAUAGUUUCAAGCAGAGUCCACUAAGCAAGAGCAGCAGGGCUCAAGAUAUCACCUUUACUAAUUAAGUAAGAGUUGAUUGAUUUAAGUUCAUAUCAUAUCAAUUCAGUUUUGUGAUGAUGAUGACGACGAUAUUGAUAAGUCAUUCACUUUAACGAAUAAAAUGACUAUAAAUGAUAAUUACUUAUGGGUAGUGACGGAGUUGUCGGUCAGUCCGACAGAAUUCGUUUAAUUGUUGGAAUAGGGUUCGUUGGAUUAUCUUUGAAAGUCUACAGCAUUUAAGAUUAUUUGUGUGGUUUUGCACUGCCUUGAAAGCCACAUCUGAUUGUAACUGUCACCAUUUUCAUAUCUGGUAUGUCAUUAUGGUCUAAGGCACAGCAUCGAUCGACCCUCAUGAUGCUACAUGAGGCAAUUGUGAUAAGGACAUCGCUAAGCAUCAACACUUCUUUUAAAUUGCCUAGGAACCUUUUUUUUUCUUUUCCUUAGUUCUCUCCAGGUGGAACUUUGUGCCGUAAGAGUAGUGGAGAGUGCGAUGUUGAAGAAGUUUGUUCUGGAAGGUCUGCGGAGGUAAGACUUAAAUGCAGCCCUGAAGUUGGAAAGCGUUUAUGGCAAGGAAAUUUAUCAAAUUUUACUUGAUGUAUAAAAAAAUGGCACCGAUUGUACUGGUAGAUUUAGAGACCCUCCAAGACCAGAGCUUAUACAAUUACUUGAACUCAGUGUCAUUAACACUUUUACUUUGUGGGGAAAACUCCAUCCCAGUUAACACAAAUUUGGUCUAUCGAUCGCGAGUUAGUAAAGUCAUUUUACCACUCUGACGUUUCGAGCGUUAGCAGGAGCUGAUUACUCAUGUCCUUUAUCUCCCAUAUAAGCCUUUAGAGUCAACUCUUUCUUGUUGAAAUUUCUUUUAGGAAACAGCUUUCGCGGAAAUUUUUUCACUCCGUCUUGGUAAUAUCCAAUCAGGUCGGAGCUAUGAUAUACUUGAGCCACAUGCAGACGCGCGAUUUGAAAUCACUGGCAUGGUGGUACCCAGCGUGGAAAAUUUUUCGGAUGAUAAUCCUCAUUUCUGAUCUUCUAAUCGGGUUAAAAACAUCUUCUUAAAGCCUAGUAGCAAUAAAAACGUAGAUACACUCAUGCGAAGUCUUCAAGUUUCGUUGUAAUGUUGACAGUCAUAGGUUUUACCAAAAACAAGCCGCUCCAGGCCGUCGACAGCGGGUUAAAUAGAUAUUGAAAAUCAAGCUCUUUAGUUUCCUUAUUGUACUGAUUAAAUCGCCUCUAAAAAACUUUGGAGCUUUUUACUAAGUCCACAAAGGAGCACGCUGCAUUAAGCCACGGUUUAUUUUGAAGUCAAAAGUAUACUGUUACAGUGCACGGACUGCAUCUUUCGCCGGCUCCUGGCGUCAGCCCUUCUUAGUAAUGAUUCAAGGAAUUGGGGGUUUAGGGUAGUUUUUAUCUCGAAAAGUGGAGCAGUGCAGCUGUUAGUGGAACUGGUAACAGGAAAAAGAAAAUAAAUACGUCGAAUGAAACGCGUGGUCACACAAAAAUGAAAAAAAGCAACUUUUAUAAGUCUUUAUUCGAACAGACACACUUGUUGUUCCAUUCGUGGGCCCAUACAUUCUCUGUAUCAUGUUAUGCUACAGUUUUGCAAACUAAGGUAAAAGGGUUUCAAAGACUAUUGUCAGAGUUGGAAGGGACUGAAGCGUUAAAGUACCAGAGAAGGUUAUUCUAAAAUAAAUGAUGUUAACAAAAAAAGUAAAGAUGGAAGAGAAUUGAAAAGGCUGUGUUACAUGAAAGACUAUGCCGGUUUAUUUUUUUUUUCCAGUGUCCAUCAGAUGAUCAUAUAAAAGAUGGACGGACAUGUGAGGGGGACGGGGAGGUAUGUAUUUAGUAUUUGCUUAGUAAUGUGCCAUUCCAGAACUCAACUUAGCUAUAGUUAUUGUAUUUUUGUUUCCCUUUGAUAGAUUUUAUAAGCUUCUCCAAUUUUCGAGUGAUAUACCAGUGUAUGUAUUUAGUAAAUGACUGAAAAGUAAUUAGAACAAGAAAUGAAAUAAUGCAUUCUGGUCUUCUGAAUGUUAAUGACACUUGGAAAAUGGAUGCCGCUCGGCAAAAACACCGUUAUUUAUUUGAAACAACAAUUUUGAAACAGAUGAUAAGAAAAAAGGAUGGAAAGUACACUACAAUAAGGCAAAAUUGAUUUUACUCAUUUAUUUUCAGCUAUUGUUAGGAAAGUAUGUUGGGAAUGUGAAAAUGACGAAACUUUCUCGGCCAAUCACGGCAAGGCACUUGAGAAUUAGUCCUCAAUAUUGGGAGAGAGGCCUGUGUACUAAAAUUGACUUACUUGGAUGUGGAAUAGGAUCUUCAGGUAACCGAAAAAGUUAAGUAGCAUUUGGUUAAAUCUACAUUUAACUCUAAAGCAUUACUCUCCCGAUUAUAAUCAAAUCAUUUUUCAUUUGUUGGCUUCACACUAGAGAAUUCAAGUCUAAUCUAAGCGUACUUGGAACCUACUUUGAAGGUGAAGGGGUAAAUUGUACUCACACAAACUUUACUUGGUGGCCAUGGGAAUGUUCGUGGUUCAAAGAAGCCGAAGUUCGCCGCCAAGUAUGACCUACACCACACUUGAGCAUACACUUGACCAAUAGGAAAUGGAAGCCAUCUAAAAGCAAUGUGCACGAUGUGAACGUGCAGAGGUUCCAAGAUUCCAAUGAGCGGACAUACAAACAUUCCAAUCCAGGUCUCGGUUAGCUAAGAGCUUUGCGGACAAGGCCAAGCUCAAGCCUCACGGCUAUUUCUUUGCCGAGAAGCGCGCGUUGCGCGUUGUUGAGCCAUUCUAGAGAAACACAGAAGACGACUUCGCAUAUUGUUAUUCUUGUUGUUGUUGCUGUUUGGCCGCUGCUACGUACUCUUAAAAAAUGAAGUACGCAAGCAUGACUUGUAGGGUGAAAACCCUUUGAGUUAGAAGUAACGAAAAAAUUAAUACGAAAAUAAUUUAGUGGCGAGCAAUCGCUUUUAGUGGGUGGUCUGAUUUUACCCACAAAAUGAUUGGCAGCUUGCACUGCAAGUAAUAUACUUGAAGUGUUAAGCCAUCUUUUAAACAGAGCGACUUAAGAUUUUCAAGUGCACUUGAAUCAAGUGCCUACUUGAAACUAACUUAGCUUCUGGUGUGGAGCAAACAAUUGAAUGAUUAGUACAGAAACCAUUAUUUUUGAGUUGUGUUGUUAGUUUUGUAUUACGUCAUUUGGUGAUUGCACCCUUCUAUAUUUCGAAGAAACUUUUACAUGUUACAAAAUGACAUAAGGUUACCAAGUGAACAUGGCUGCUUGGAAAUACGAAUUUAUCAUCGAUUGCGCUCACUCGUAAGACGAGAACUUUCUUAUCUCCAAACGGUCAUGCAGUGUUCUUUUUGUUGUAUAAAACACCUUUGAAAUACUAAAACAUCUAACUUUAUUUCUUUUCUGCUACAAAAAAGCGCGAUUCAUGAUGUAACUAUAGCAACGGCAAUCUAUUUACGUGUGAAGAUAGCAUGUUACUAUCACGUAUGACAUAUCGCGGGAAAGGUAUUUCAAUGGUAGUUAAAAAAUAAAAUGUAAUAUAAUAAUAAAAAAUAAUGAUGAAGGAACGAACGAACGAACGAAAAAACGAACAAACGAACGAACGAACGAACGAACAAACGAACGAACGAAAGAACGAACGAACGAACGAACGAACGAACGAACGAACGAAUGAGCGAACGAACAAACGAACGAACGAACGAACGAACGAACGAACGAACGAAUGAACGAACGAACAAACGAACGAACGAAAGAACGAACGAACGAACGAACGAACGAACGAAUGAGCGAACGAACAAACGAACGAACGAACGAACGAACGAAUGAAUGAAUGACUGAGUGAAUGAAAUAAUCAACCCCUAUGCUCUAAUCCCAGUAUCUCCGGCGGCUUCCACAUCUAUUCAGGGCUAUGACAACCUAUGCGUUACAUCACAGGGUGGAUCACCCUGUUCAACCACUAAUGGAGCACAUCUGGUCUAUUCUAUGCAAACAUCAUGCCGAAACACGUCAGCUAAAUUUACUUUUUUAAAUGGCGUGCUGAAGCAACAUUGUAGUGGCAAGAAGAUAUGCCCUAAGGGAGUUUAUUAUGGAGCUCCGCUUGUUAUAAGUGACAGUUGUGAAGAAAGCCAAGCCAAGUUUGAAAGAACGAAAGGUACAUUUACACACUGUACAUAUACACCGUGUGCAUAACAUUCAUGUGUAUACUAUUUUAAGUCAAUUCCCGUUCGUGUCUAUGGAUUGAACUGUUUUAAUAUGAUGUAGAAUGAGUUUGUUUCAACAAGAUAAAUUGGAAAAUUGAAAGCCCUUUGUAGUCGCGGCGUAGUUCCCACGUCCAGUGACGUCGCUAAGUCACGUGAACUACAGGAACUUCAAAUAUUAUUAUUAUUUUAUUUUAUCAGGUAAGGAGCCCACAAGCUCCUCCUCAGAUUUAUUGGUCUAAAUCUCUCUCUUAAUAAAUAGAAACCAAAAGACCAAAAGGUAAGGUGAGAACGGGACCUGAAGUUCCAUGCAGGGCACCUCCCAAGUAAAACAAAAAAAUCGCCCUUAAAAAGAAAAUCUUAUGCAAUGCUAAUGAGACUAUUAUUGCCAAUGGCCACCAUAAUUACGUGCUAGACCCCGUGAGCAAGGUUUAUCGGGGUCAAAAACAUUGGCUAACUCAUCAUCGUACAUUUUAGUUAUUAUUAUUAAAUAUCAGGUAAAUCUCUUCGACAUGUGGCCAGCGGAUUGUGUGUCCAUCCAGAGGGAGGAGUGGCAUAUGAUGGAGUAAGACUUGUUUUGUGGGCCGGAUGUGAUCAAGACAGACUCACUUUAAACUUUUUAGCGCAUGGUAAGGAUACAUUAAGUGUUGGUAGAUAUCGCUUACUCAAGCUUGUGUGAUAGGAUUACUUUUGAAUAUAACCUGACAGUUUCCAUUUUGUGAUAUCAAUAUACUACGCGAUGUGAGCUCCUAUUAAUUAUUGGAUGAUAACCAAAACCAAUGGGAAAAUCGUCUCCUCCCCCUAGUGAUUAAUUCUCCCCCCUGCAAGCGUUCGCAAGUACUUCAAUAGUUGGCCGUCUAAACAGUGCCGAAAGCAACAGCAAUAAAAUUUUCACCGUCAACUUAUUGUGUUAAUUUGGGAUCGUUGUCGAACCUGCAAUUCAUCCAAGCGCCGGCGACUGGAGGAUAUUCAGUCAGUCAUGCAGUCUAAUAUUUCUCAAGAAUUUCAAGAAUUUUUCGAGACCUGAAUUCGUCAGUUCAGUUACUAAAAAGAAUGCUGUUGUUAAAACCGCAUUUGAACGAGCAGAUGCGUCCCUAAUUGGCGGGGAAACGCUUGCUGCGCAGGCUAUACGCAUUGAGUAAAAGCAAUUUAAGUGGCACAACUGCAUUUAUGAAAUACACACGAAAACCUUAAAAGCAGUUACACUUGAUAUUUCCAUUAUUCAUUAGACUGCCUGGCUUCUCUCAACGUGGCUGACCGCAGCGUGAUUCCUGAUAGUCGCAUCUCAGCAUCAAGUCAUUUGCAAGGCUACCCAGCCAAAGAAGCUAGGUUACACAGCUUAAAGGGUUGGUGUGCAGCAAGAAAAGAUAAGAAGCAAUUUAUCCAGGUUGACUUGGGGCAGGUAAAUACACAUGUAGUCUCAUUUUGAGGACAAUCAUUUCUUUUAAGCAACCAUCUCCUAUUAGCCCUCUUAAGCUACGGUAAAACGCGCUAAGCAGGUUUGAUUUGUUGACGUUCAAACGAUCAAUAUCGCUAUUCAACCCGUUUUGCUGCAAUUUUGCAAAACAAAUUGCACGUUUUUGUUGCCCGGUAGAUCAGUACAUCCCCUUCUCCCCCAAACCCCCCCCCCCCCCCUCCCCCGCAAAAAAAAAAACGCCUAAAAAAGUUGGUGUUCUUCAAGAGAUCAAUUAGCGGAUUUUGAAACUGUGGAGACAAAGUUUACCUCUUACUGUUGGCACUAACCGUUAUCGAUGACCUUUUGUCUUCUUAUAUUCAUCUCCUGCUGUAUUCCUUUAUUCAUCUGUUCAACAGAGCCUGAUUUAAUUCUGUCUUUAUUAUAGGCUAAGAAGAUAUCGGCUGUCAUUCUAAGCGGCACUGAUCAUGGUGACGUAACAGGUUACUAUCUACACUACAGUCUGGAUGGUCAACAGUGGACGGUGUGGUCAAGCAAGCCUCGUGUCGCUGUAAGGAAAACGCACGUGUAUUUUUCAAUCAACUUCAGGGAUUAAGAUGCUUAGUAGUCGUUCUUAAAAUUAGUAGAUAAUGUAACCAACAGUUCUGCAUUCUGAUCAUACAUCUAUUUUGAGAAAUAAUUUGGUGUUAUCAAAUAUACAGCAUGACCGAGGGUUUGUACUCAGUGAGGUUAAAAAGAAUUUACCAUUUUGCUAGUAAGUGGAUUUAGAGCUGGACUUGAGCAAGGGACUACCCGAUUGCGAGUCUCACGGGGCGACCACUCGGCCACGCUGCUCGCGCCGGCCACGCUGUCUCCUGAAGAUACGUACAUGUCCUGUUAAGGGUUAGGUACAUAGGCAAAACCGGCGGGAUCUCGUGUGGGUUCAAACCCACGUCUUCUAAGAUAACGUCUAGUUAACAUCUGAGAUACACAGAAACUUAUGGUGAAUUGAAGAGGCAAUUUUGCUACGUUCGUAUGCGACACACGUCCUGCUUAUUGCUAAGAUCAGCAAUGUCAAAUAUCUUGUGGGGUGAUAAAUAGAGAAAGAUGGCAAAUGUUGAGCUCGGUGACUAAGGAUAUUUAUCCUCGUAGAUACAUCUUGUUACUGAGAGUCUUUGAAAGGCCAUAUUCGUUGAUCUUUCAGGCGUUUUGCUAUAGGGGGAAGUGUGUUCCUUCUGCAGAUACUCAGUGUCGCGAUCUGUGGGGACCAGGUAUAAAAAUCACUGAUCAAUUUAGGUUUCUUGGAAACUGCCCACCUACCCUCCCCUAAGCCAACAUUUUGCCCUAAAUGAGAAGUAAGUGUUAACGUUGGGUUGAGAGAGGGGUAUGUGGGCAGUUUCCCAGAAACCUAAAUUAAACAAACUCACUUUCCUUAACCUGAUUUUUUGUUUACUCCAUCAUCAUUUUUUGUCUACUCCAAUUGUAAGUUUACUGUUUGAAACUCUCGUGAUAAAAAUAUAAAUCGAUGGAUGAGUAAAUUGUUUUGGACUAAUAAACGCCCGUGCGACUUAAAAGUCAAGAUUUCGGGUGGUUCACCAACUAUUUUAAGUUAGUGGAGUCUGGUUUUCUAAAUAUUCCCUGUAUUUUCUCUUCUUUUAGAGGCGUCUUCUGCUCACACAGCUUGUUAUCGACAUUUUAACGUUAAGGCCCAGGGAUUUGGCACUUGCAGUAGCCGGACAAAUCUGCCGUGUACAAAUGAGUAAGUAUAAGACAGUUUAGUAUUCAAUUGCUCUUCGGCCCAAAGCAAUGGCGGAGUAGAACCUUCUCGUUAACAUCAUUAUAAUGUAGCUUGUCUUCGGCAAUCGUAAUUUGUGUCAUUUUGUAUUUUAUUUCUUCUUACAGUCUGUUAUCGUUGUAAAACAACUAAUCCGGGGCCACCGAAAUCUCCUAAUUUUAAAGAGAUCGAGGCUGUCAUUUUGAUUGGCUAACGAACUACCGAAGUCAGAUGUCUUUGUUAACUAGUGAUUAGCCUGGGGAACGACUGCAAAAAUUCUACACUGAUGAUGCGUCACUGAGUAUUGCUUCUAAUUAGUUACAGCAAAUUUUCAGCCAAUCAGAACACUAUCUAGAUCAGGGUAGUGACACGUCAUCAGUAUGGAAUUUCUGCGCUCUUUCCAUGUCGGCUGCUUACUCAAACUAACUAUAGCUAGUGAUUGGCUGAUUACUUUUUGGGUAUCCACGGUUAAGUUCGCUACAUUUUUUAAAAUAGUUUUCCUUCAUCUCAUUUUUAUCUUUCUUUUCUUUCCUUUUUGCACAUAUUUACCUCUCCUUGUCAAGCCCCUUUAUUUUUUUUCAAUUCCAUUCAAUAGAAACGCCAAAUGCGGACAGCUGCAGUGCUCAAGCUCAAAAGAGAGACCUGUGGUAGAUUAUGGUAGUUUCUACGAACUAAAAACUCUAACAACAGGAGAAAAGUGCAGGUAAUUUUAAAACAGUUAACAGGCCAAAAGCUUACUUCACUCCAUAAAACAACAGGUAGGCCCUUGUGAGAGAAUCUGGAUUUCAGAGUCCGGGAAAUUUUUGCUUGUAAAAUCAGAAAUCCUGGACUUUGGAAUCCGGAAUACAGCUCAAGAAAUCCGGAAUCCAAGACUGGAAGACUGGAAUCCAGUACCUGGAAUCCAGAAUUCACGGCCAAGAAUCGAGAUUCUAAGGCCGUCUAGAAUUAACUCGCACGGGGUGAAACAAGAGCAACUGUAGUAGCCUGAGAAAACAGACAUUUCGCAACGCCAAUAAAACAGUUUCCCCUCGAAAUGACGUCUGAAAAACAAGCGCAGAAAUCAGGCCAUACUGAUGACGCAUCACUACCCAGAUAUGUGUAGUGACGCGUCAUUAGUAUGGAAUUUCUGCUAUCUUUUCUUAGCCGUCAUUUUCUCUGGGAAAACGUCGGUGGCUCGCGAAAUGUCGUCUGUUUUCUCAGGCUAAAACUUAAGCAACUGUUUUGCUUGCAGGGCAGCAUCUCUAAAGAGAGGUAGUGGGAACGAACUUGUUGGUAUGGUGAAGGAUGGAACAGUGUGCGCAAAUCAAAAGGUACUUCUAUACGUAUUUGCUUUGCCUUGUCCGCUUUUCAGCACUGAAAAGGUUGAUGGAUUACUAGUAACAAAUAGUUUGGGAAAAGGUAGAGGCUUUUUUGUGUAGCACUAGACGUUUUAUGUGUAUAUAUUGUAAUAAGAAAGUAAUGCAAAGAACUGUGAAAACGACGUGUCCUGAUUUUACUUUCAAAAAAGGGAAGUCGUCGUUGAGUUGGUGAAGAUCACUUGUUUUGUCACAACAAGCAGGGACGUAUUAAUUAGGCCCAAGUUCCACUCGCGGAAUAAAAGAAUCACGUGACUAGGAUACAAUUCGAUCUGUCUUUGCUGUUACUUUUUUAAAAAAGUCCCUUUUUUAUGAUGUGCCAGUUUAAAUCUUGUUCUCAUGUUUACGAUGAAGAAAGCAAUAGUUUUAGCUUUAGUUCAUGAAAAUGAAUCAUAUGUACAACGAAAUUUCGCAGAUCUGCGUAGCCAAUCAGUGUACUAGUUUGGAUCAGCUUUCUUCAAAGCGAUGUCCAAGAAUCGCCGGAAAAGAGUGUGCAGGAAAAGGGGUAGGUUUUCCACAAAUUGCUUUGUUUAUUGCUGUUUUUGUUUAUUUGUUUGCUUGUUUGCUCACACCUGGCUUUUGGUUUGGUGUAAUUAGAACAGAGGGGAUAAUCUUAUUCUCCUAUUGAGCUAAAAUCACGGAUGUGGCACCUGUGUUAGCAGCAGCUGCUUUCUAGGAUGACCGACUGACAGAGACAAUUUCGAGUUUUUUCUCAAAUCCAAAUUUCAGCUUUUUCAAAAUUACUCCAGAAGGUAUUAAACGUUCUUGCGUGCCCUCGUCUGCAUGGGGAGUGUGGGGGCUGCUCUGGAGUUCAAGUGAAGGGAUGAUCGAAGGAUUUUUUGAGGUAGGAAAAUUUGGCAAGUAUUUUGUGGGUGGCUUGAUUUAAUGAGGGAGUUCUUAGGGGAGGCUGGGUAUUCAAAACAAUCCGAAGAUUCGUGGUGACUUUAGAUGAUAUGAUGAAUAAACGCGCACUAACAUUCAAUUUCUAAUGUUUUCAUUCUUUGAAUUAUAUUAUUUAACAACUGCUUUCUCGGUGCGAAUUUUAAAGGUUCGGAAAACUUGGCAUGGAUAUUUUGGUCCAGGAAUUUUUUCUUUGGGUGCGGGGGGGCGUUUGUUGGAGGCCCCAGGGAUUUUUAGGGUUUUGGUUUACGCCCCAUUCGAUCAUCUCCGUCACUUGAAAUCUGAAGUUCAUGUACCCCUCCCUGGGCCCUCGUCUGACAUGAAAACUUGCAUGAUCAUAAGCGCAGUUCAUUUGAAUUUCCCGAGGGAAUAUUAAACCAAUCUCACUGUGAAUAAUUACUUUCGCGCAGAAAAUAGACUUUUCCCUUGGGGAGCCAAUUCUUGCCGUGUGUCGCAAAAUAAGCGGCUGAAACUAUAUAAACUGAAAAAACAAUAUUAAAGAAGAUAAGAAAUAUAUUGGACGAAAAAUAUUCUUGAGGAUAGAAAACCGUCUCACUUACCUCAAACAUAAGCCAGGUUAGAACCCACUGGUACAAAGAAGCCAGAGAAACCUCAAUCCCAUUGAAUAAAUUAAAAUAUCUUCGCACGCACCAGACUUUAAACAUCCUCCUCAGUUUUUAAGGAAUUUUAGCUCCCCUUUCGCUGUCUAACCCGACGUAUAUUAUGAACAUUUCCUUAGGUCGGUGUUUUUCACUUCAACUGUCCGUUUUUCCGUCCAGUUAUAUAAUUUUUCCAGGUUCAUUCUUUUAAGUCAACAAGGCGUAUGCCGCAGAAGUUACUCGCAGAUUGGAUACGAUUAAAGGGAUCCGCUUUUCAAAGAAAACUGUCCAAAUACGAGGUCACCAUUACCACAGCAAAGUGACUGAAGACUCCUGCCAGUUUUCUCCUCCAACUACAAUAUAUCUAAGACUCGUAAUUAGCUCAACCGAUUCGUGUGAAAUUUGUGUCACCUUCUCGCUUCAAAGAUGAUACUUUUGAUCAGCGGCCUUCUUUUAGGGGUAAAUACGUUGUGUUUUAUAUAUCAUCAUGGUCCUCCUGACCUCAAUCCUGACACCCAUUGUAGCAAAAGCGGUAUACACCAAAGAAGGCGAUCCUCGAAUCCGAAGUAAUCUGUGCGCAUACGUUAGUACAAGUUUGACCCGCAGAAAAAUGCCCGUAAAUUCUGGCCAUGCAACAAUUGCAGCUUGAAGUUUCGAAAUUUUUCUUGAUCUGGUAAUAUCACGCAAAAAAUCCAACGUGGUCGUCCAUCAUAGAUCUUUGUUCAAUUUAACAAAAUGAGGUUAUUGUAUAAAAAUGUAAAACUUUGCAGGAGGGUUAGAAAAAGUUCUGUUUUACAGAUUUGGGAAAAUAUACUUAAUCAAAAAAAGAGCUUGCUAUAUCCAAAAGUCUAAUAAAACGAGGAAAACAAAUUCUAAAAUAAACUUGAGAAAAACACAGCUAGUAUACACCAAAUUCGAUGAAGUAUGGGCCAAAAAAAAUAAAUUUAUAUAAAGGAACAAGGGUCAUUACCAGAGCGGAGAACAAAGAACUGACACAUACCAAAAUCCUAAGGUAUAUAUUAACAUAUUAACGCUCUCAAAAUGAUAUUAAAAAUCCGGUGACUUGCUAAAAGUAGUAGUUUCUAGAACCUGUUAGUAUGUCCUGUGUAAACUGAAGGAUAAUUAAUUGGUUACCCAUGUACAAUAAUCUUAUUCCUUUAGGUUUGUACAAGCAGUGGGAAGUGUCAUUGUCAAGGGAACUUUGAUCCAGAUACCUUUUGUCGCACUGGUAAUAAAAAUGACUGAAGGAAUAUUCAUCGCUCAAUUCGCACGGAAAUUUGAAUGAUCAGGCGUCUAAAUUUUCGCACACUAGUUUUCAACCGGUUGAAAAUCCAUCCGCUGGGCGAGUGCCGUGGUCGCGCGUUGGAAUGUAACCUUAGUCCAGCCUUAAAAUGAAAACAAAGCAAGUAAAGAGGACCUUUAUCUUCCUCUUCUGUCUUCUUGUCACGAUAAGUUCUCCUCUUACGCCAAAAUUGCGCUUGUUUCUGACAGUCGGCUGGUUUAAGCAACUAUAGAAACAUUUUAUUUAGUUCUUGAUUCAUUCUUACUUCCCUUUAGUCGUGAACCUUUUUGUACAGGUAAAUGCCAUUUACAAACACUCAUACUAGAGAGCUUCAGAUUCUGACACGAGGACGACCACGAAUACCAGAUUUUCCCAAUACUGAGUAUUUCUCACGCGUGAGCUAGCGUCAUUUUGGCGGGAAAACGUGAUAGCCGUCGUCAUUCUACUACGAGUUGCGGCGAGAAUGUCGUAGUGCCGGAAAGAAGUUAUCAAAUUUAAGAAGUUUUAUUUCCGAGAAAGCGCUUAACCUCCUUCAGUAUAAAUACCCGUACUAACGUUUUUGGUAAAAAAAAAAGUAAAAUGAAGCUUUCCGGGUGUCUUUUUUUGAGAACAUGCGUAAAAACUUUAAGUUAAAUCUCGUAGUCGUACUCGUUCUCGUCAGCUCUCUUUUAGUUACAGUUAACCAGAAUAGAUGCUUUGGCGACUAUCAUUAGAAUCGACCCAAUCCGCCACCAUCAUGGUUCAUUGUCCAGUUAACGAAUAGAAAUUUCAAAGAAGAGAGUACAUUUCAGCGUUUCUGCAUCUAUGGCUCAUGAAGUGUUUCAUGUAAUUCUGAUUUAUUUAUUUGUUUUGGGAUUUAAGCGAAACAAGCCCGCUCGGGCGAAUGGGGUCAAUGGUCUGAAUGGACGAACUGUACACGAAUUUGUGGACGAGGAACGCGUAAAAGGCAUCGCUUUUGUAACAAUCCAGCACCAUCCAAUGGAGGACAAAACUGUGUUGGGAACAGAUUAGAGAAAGAGGCCUGUAAUGGUGAUAAAUGUCCAGGUAAACCAUAGUGAGAGGUUACAUGAUCACUUAUUAUGCAUAAUAAAAUAUUCGAGCAGAUAACAAAUCAUGCAGUUUGAGGAAGAACUUCUCGGCUUUCCGUCGAGUAGAUUGUCUAUUUCGAUUGUCUAUUUCUUCUUCUUAAUCUGGUUUUGUUUAUAGCUUUUUACAUCUUCUUAUAGCAGUAAAAAAAACUUUUAGCUACUCUUUUCAGACACAAUCUUGCAAAGAGUUCAUAUACAAAAGCUUGAGAAUACGUAUGUCCACUCGCCAUGACAAACUUUAUCAACAAAUACAUACGGGCAUGCCAAAGCAAAAUUAUUCAGCUUUUUUUUUUUCCUUUUUUUUUUUGGCUGUCUAUAUGAAACGUUUUUAAUUCUUAUUAUAAUAACUGCUUCAGAUUAACGAAUCAAACGAUAAAGUUUGUCAUAACGAUUUAAAGGAGAAUUCCAGUCUAUAAUUUCAGUCAAUCGAUUGUGGUAAAUUGUGACCAUUAAUCUUUCAGGCUUUUCCGUUCGAUACUCAUUUUAAUAUUAUUUCAGUCCUGGAAUAUCCUAAGUGUCCCAGUACAGACACAAAGAAUAGCUGAAAGAAUUUUUAUGUUACGAUUGCUUUAGAGGUUCAUUCUUGUCAGCACCUCUUUUCUCUUGGGAAGCAAACUGGUGUACAGUUUCCAGACGGAGUGUAUACGAUCAAUCCUGACGGGAAAGGAACCGUGGACACUUACUGCGACAUGUCACGUGAUGGUGGUGGGUGGACACUAUUGGUUACAAGUCACACCAACACGUGGACAGCUAGUGACGUCAGGAAAAGGAACCACAAUCGACCAACGCUGAACGGAGAUUUCUCGAUCUUGUAUAAGGCAGAUGACAUCAAGGACAGUGUUAAUGUUAAAGGGAAUUGGUUCGAGUAUCGAAUCGAAGCCAACGAAAGAGGUAAAUACUGCAACACAUCACGUCGACUCGAGAGCUAGGCCAUUUUUGGCAAACGGUAAAUGACACGGGCUUCUCACAUUAUAUUCUUGGAUUCCUGCUAGCAUGGUUUUCAAGUUGAUCUUGUGCAUGUCAAAGAAUUGAAAAUACAUGGUGUGGAGUUAACUAGUAGCGCUUCAAGUCUUCUGUGCGCGGGGAUAUUAAUGAAAAAUAUUUUUCUCGCAUAAAGGUCGUUGGGGUGGAAUCUGGCGGGCUCCCAGAGAUUAUACCUUCCUUGCUAGAAACAACAAGCAGACAAAUGUGGAUUUGGCGAAGAAAUUUGACAGAUGGAAAUAUGACGAUUAUGGGAUAGAAAGGCGCAUGCCCUGGAUAUCGGGUGCCAAACUUACGACGUCACGCAACGCUACUGGAGAUCGCCAAUGGGGAACUUUGAUUGGUAAGUGAAUGACGCCGUAGGUAUUUUAGUUCAAGAUAGGGAAAUGACCCCGUCACUACUGAUCCGCUACAAACCCGCUUGGCGUUUACAAUAAGAAACUUCUGUGGAAUAUCAAACUUAAGUUCCUUUGGCCUUCCUUUCUUUACAGGCGUAGUGGAGUUUUCGGGGAUUGGAAACAAUCUUCUAUACUCAAAACAACUUGUCAUUACUAUUGAUAAUGUUUUCUUUUGAUUGAUAUGCUCAUAGCAAACUCCAGAAUUUUUUACCCGGCACCUUGGUUAGAUGGUAAUGAUCUUGAGCAACACCCAGUAAACAUCUGGUAUUGGGUUAGAGAACAAUUCAGUCUACCGAGGUCAUGCAUGGACAUUCAGUUAAGAGGAGUACAUCCCCCAAAAGGUAUGCCAACAUCAGGGAAUUCUUAGCUGUUAAGAUCCUCUCUUUUUGAUAAAGAACGCCGAUCACGUUGACUGGCGUUGACGUGGAAUGCAUUAUUUCUAGCCUUGUAUGGUCAAAUACAACGUCCAUUUACGUGGGAAAUUUAUAGCACUUAACAAUCGAGGGGAAAUUUAUUGUAAAACACUUAACAGUCGUGAGACUGGGUGCAUAACAUUAGCCCGGUGAGUAAUGAUCAUGGUAUUUGAAUCAACUGAUUCUCAUAAAAUAGUGGAGGCAAGAUUACAUUUUUAAUUUAAUUUCUGACCAUUUUGGUGAAAGUUACGCACAACCCCAUACAUUUAUUAUGUAUUCAUGUUUAAUUUCGGAAACAAUAAAUAGAGGAUAUUGCACGGUGGCGCGAAGAUAUGAAUUUUAUUUUCGAGUGGCAAAACAAUAUUUUACGAACGAGCGCAGCGAGUGAGUAAAAUAUUGUUUUUGCCACGAGAAAAUAAAAUUCAUAUCUUCAAGCCCCCGUGUAAUGUUCUUUUUAUUAUAUAGACAAAAAGACAUCGAUAAAAUAAUACAGGGAAAUGACCGAAAUUACGUCAUCGAUAAACUCACGUGUGAGAUUAUGGAAAAUAAACCACUAGGGUCCCGGAUCUGCCGGAUGUAGUUUUUAUGAAUUUUACGAGUGGUAUAUUUUCCAGUAAAACACUCGUGUGUAUAUAAUAAUAUUAGCUAUUUGCUGCAUGCAUAAUAAAUAUAUGGACUUAAACGGAAAUCUUGCCACCACUUUUUUUUAUGCAUUGAACAUAUUGAGGGGAGUGACCCAAGCCAACAUGAAAGCGUUGAGUGCUGGUUCGUAUAAGAACUUAUUUUUCGUACUUUUUAUUUACCUUUGUUCUCUUUUCUGUUAACAGACGGUAUCCACAUUAUAUUUCCUCGUAACCAGCGACUGCAGACAUUCUGCAAAUUUAGUGAACAUGGGGGAGCAUGGACGCUUGUGUUGACCAGUGCAAGUGAUAGCGGAUGGACCAGGGAAAAUGUGAAGUUCAGAAACACUGAAAGACCAUCAUUGACCUCUGACUACUCCAUAUUGGGAGUAGUAGAUAAGAUAACAAAGAUGGAACACUUCCAGGUGAGAGGAUGUAACUCAUGUCAUGGGUCCACAAUAAGUUUCUCGGGAUUUCCCUUACUUGAAGGCCAGGAUUCGGGAUUUUAAGGCAAAAUAGGGGUGAGAUUCGGGAUUGAAAGUACAAGCAGGGUACGGGAUGCCAAAAAUAACCAUCGGAAUUAAGGGAAUUAGCGAAAAUUUGUGUGGGGAUGAGGGCAUUGAACAAGCUUAUUGGGAACCCUCUCAUAUAACUCAUUGCUAUUACCAGCUAGGUUUUCUUAUUUCCGAGUUGGUAAAUUAUUUCCAUCUAGGGAAAAAGACAGAAAUACCAUUUAAAAGGGAAUAUGUGUUUUGUUUUCCUUAAAGAAAGAAAGGUGAUAUUUUCGUCAAUUCACGAGCCGUUCGGACAGCGAAAAAAGUCAAGCGACGGAAUUCAAAGUGAUUACCCUCGGCCUUCCUCGCCCCCCACAAAAAUAAAACAGAGACAUUGUUCUGAUCUUACUUUUCUUCAUCAUCAUAAUUGCCCCUUUUUUCUUCUCAUGAACGUUGGUCUAUUAUGAUUAUCUUUUUUUCUUCAUUGCAGUAUCGUAUUAAAGAAGAAAGUCGAAAACCCUGGGAAGGGGUUUGGACAGCGAAGACUGGCUGUUCGUUUAUUUCUAGUCGAUUAGGACAGUCGUGCGUGGAGAAUGUACACCAGCAAGGAAAUUGGAAUACAAGCAAGCAGGCUAAAUCAAGCAAACGAAUUCCGCAUUUAACAAAUUUGGGAAAGGUAAUAUUGACAAUAGCUGUGGAUGAUACAGAGUUGAAUGGUGCGAUUGUAGUGGAUUCAGCAAAAGGAGUUAAUCGAACAAGAGCUAAAGUGAUUACAGUGUGGUUACGUGAAGGGACCUGGUAAGAUGUAGAUGCGUUUUAAACAACGUUGAACACUUUUGUUGAAAUUUUCCUGAUAGAUCUAGGUACAUCUGUAUGACUAGGGUCAUAAUUAUCACAUAACAUUCAUCGGUGCUUUAGUAAUAGACGAAAAUUAUUUUUAUAAGUUUAAUUUCAAAGAAAAGAAGAAAGAAUUUGUGAGAGGAGUCCCUGUGUCAUGUAGCAACGCGCUGCUAGGAAGCUGAAAGCCAAUUGGUUUGCUACCCAAACCGGAAAACAAUGGAAAACAAUGGUAAAAAAAUGAAUCACCAUUGUUUAAAAGAACGAAUCAGGAAAGACCUUACGAGCAGCUCCCACAUUGGCGGCCCCUGUUGCCAUUCGUUUGGGAUUAUGAAAUUUUCUUUAAAUCAUCGUUAUUUGGAUCAUUACUAAUGGCCUUGUCUCUAUCACAUUUUUACUAUGAUUGUCAUUAUUAUCAUUUUUUCUUUAAUUUCAAAUACUAAUUAAACACACGAAAGAAUACUGCUCCUUGUGUAAAAAAAAGGUUAUCUCUCUUAAAUCAUUAAUUCAACAGGAGAUCGUGCAACGACAUUAAAAUGAAAAGAGGAGGGAUUAAGGCUCAACUGGAAGAUGGAAUUUACAUGAUUCGCAAAAACGCUCACGAGUAUUUGCCAGUUUACUGCGAUAUGACGUCAGAGUCAGGAGGGUACACUUUGUUAGUCACUAGCGCUUCAAGUGGGUGGAGCAAGAACGAGGUCAAAUUCAAGAAUACAACGAGACCAUCAAUAACACGAGACUACUCCAUAUUAGGUUAUGCUGACCAAAUUAAGGCCUUGAGUGGCGGGAAUACAUUCAAGUAUAGGUUAGAAGCGAACACAAGAGGACACUGGGGCGGGGUUUGGACAGCUCCUAUUAAAUACAGGUAAUUAGACACUUAGGGACUGUUUACAUGGAGUUGGGGGUUACCCUGCCUGUCCAUAUGAUCUCCCUUAAGGUAACCUCACCUAUCAUGUAAACGUGAUAAAAUUGAAAUUAUAGAUUAAAUGAACAGGUUGUUUACCCCACCCAAGCGGGUUGCCUCACCUACCUGGAGCCCCUCCCCCACCACCAAGUAAACUGGCCCUUAGUAAGGUUGUUUUCGCAGCAAGGUUACUUUAAAUAAAUUAAGUUGUAAGGAGAGUUCAUCUUUUCCAUUAUUCAAUUCAACCAACCUACCGAAAAACGUUCAGUUACCCCAGCGUCGUUCCAGAGUCGUUACGUACCCAUUAUUCCGACUUGUAUUUUAGUAAUCAGUUGCGAAUUACUUGCAACUCGUGUUAAAUCAAUGAGCAUGAGUAUCGGUAUAUCGUAAUACGUAACUGAGUACCUUUCUUUCUGAUUUUCCUAACUAACAAGAGAAAAUAACGGGAUAGAGAGGUUUUUAGAGGUUGUAAUGUAAACGGAAGCCUAAUUCCUAGGCUGUUUGCAAAUUUUAAUCGGUUGGUUGAAACGUCAUUAAUUCCGCGCACGACUUCCUCGAUGCAAACAAUAGCGACACACCAAGAAAACAUUGAAUAAACGUUUGCGGACAUCUCUGGGAACCAACUUUCGAUUGAUUUUAAGCGUUUAAAUGGUCUGAAAAUAACUUUGAUUAAAUUCAUAUAUCCCAAUGGCUAGACUGGGCGUUUCCUUCUCUCACCUUUUCAGGGACGGAUCUAGGGGAGGGUGCAGGGUGCAUGGGGUGUGCAUCCCUCACCCCCCUGAGAUAACCUGUGGCUUUCUGAUACCACUGGUAUUGUGUAUUAAAAUUCAUUUACGUCACCAGUCAGUUACGCAAUUACUUAGCUGGUGUAUCCCCACAUAAGAAAAAUCCUGGAUCCGCCCCUUUUUUUAUUAUCUCUUGUAAUCAUUUGGAGCAUUGUUUUAAUUUGCCUUUUUCUAUUAGCUUUGUCAAUGAGAACAAUCAACAAACAAACGUAACCUUGGUGAAGAAAUUUAACGACUGGCGGUAUGACUGGCGAGAUUCUCUGGAAAAGCGCAUGCCCUGGUUGGGUGCGAGGCAGAGCUUAUUGACGACAUCAACUCACUCGGAUUAUUCCGAUUGGGGAUCGAUUAUUUCCGAGAAAAAGUCGAGCAACCCGGCACCCUGGAUCUAUGGUUCAAUGCCCAGCCCUGGCGUGAUCUGGUAUUGGAUAAACGAGGACGACUGCGAUGCAAGUCGAAAUCCUGGUACUUGAUUAGCAAUAACGUCAAUUAUAUAAAAGCUUGAGAUGAAGCUUGCUGGGAUCCAGCACAGUCACAUAAUGUUCGACUUUAAACUACUCCGUGUUUAAACGAAAAUAAACAAUCAAUUAAUUAAAUUCCAUAAAAAAAAAUUCAAAGUGAUUUUGAUCGCAAAAAUUGAGAACGCAAGCUUUUUUGAAAGUUUCUUUUAGUACAUUGCUCUUUUUCCCUGAAACGUAAGCUAGUGCAAAAUCGUUCUGAAUUAGAUUUAUAUCCUACGCCCGCAUAUCACACUUUCUUAACGGUACGUUUUGUUUCAAUUUUGUUUUGCCUUGGUCUUCUUCUCUUAGCCUUUAGGAUCGGAUUUCUGUUAUUCAGGUUUCUUCAUCGGUUUCUGUAUUUUCUUUUUCUAUUUUCAAUUUUUUAUUUUAUUUUUAAAUUUUCCAGAUUUCUUUCAGCGAUCCGCCUUUAAAACUGAUUGCAUCGUAGACUUGUAGUCGCCGUUCAAUUUUUAGUUGGCGGGUACGGAUAGCCAUGGAAGAAUUGAUUCUUGUCUGACUAGCGGUACUCAUUAAUGCAAAACAGAAGGUUUAUUAUUUUGCCUCUUUAUGCAUGUAGUAAAUGGUGGAUUAUCAGAAUGGACAACUUGGACAGGCUGUAGUCAGAUGUGUGUCCAAGGCCAUCAAACACGGCGCAGACUAUGCAAUAAUCCACCACCCAGAUGUGGUGGGCAUCCCUGUGGUGGGAUGGUUGCCAAGGAGGAAAGGCAAUGCUUCGUUUGCCCAAGUAAGUUGCUUCUAUUAGCACUCUCAUAAGAAACACAAGUCUAGAGCAAUUAGCAGUUGGCCAUGGGACAAUAUACCAGGUUGGGAGGAGGACAGCGGAUCUAAAACUUCCGCCUCCCGCACUUUGCAUCUCGGGUUCCCGCCCCUUUUUGGCCUCCUCCCUUUAUUUUAGCGUGAUUUCUCCCACUUGAUACCCUUUUAAAUCUUCCACUUCCUGCUGUUUCAUUCCCCACACCCCUUAUCCUUCGAUCCCCCUAUUCUCCGUAUUCUCCCCUUUACGACUUACUUCUUUUGGCCCUUUUUGAAGAAAUCGUAACAUUGGCUGGACAAGAUGGCUGGACAUGGUUGAUUCCAAACCCUUUAAUUCAUUUUGCGAAAGAGUAAAAUCUACCUAAUUAUUAACUUUAAUUAAUUAUGAUUAUUUCAGUAAAUAUGCGCCUACUAUGCACAAUUUUAGCCAAAGUCCGACAGGAAAUAUAUCUUUUAAAAUUUUAACUUUUUAGCAGCUCAGUGGCCACAUAUAGGGUUGCUAUAUCGCCAACUAAUUGCUUGCUGCUAAUUUGGAAUUAACCUACAUUCUGUUAUUAUUAAUUUUUUCUUUUCAUUUUCUAGAAAGUCCAAUUCUAGCCCAUGGUGACCUUUGUCUUCAGCCUGAGAAUGGUGAAUGCAAUCCAAUUGACAAUACACGACUGGUUUAUAUCCGAGACACACCUCAAUGUUCCAAAAACUAUAUGGUAUUUACUUAUCAUGACGAUGUUCUAACACAUCAGUGCAGUGGGAAGAAAGUGUGCCCUCAGGGUAUGUACACUUAAGUGUGAUCAUUUUGCGGUCGAAAACAAAAUGCAAAGAUAGAAAAAAGACGAUUUGACUUUUAAAAAUAGUGUUGAUGAGUUCAUAGCAACUUGCAUUUUCCAUGUUCGGACUGUCCGUUGUUACACCCAAAAAUAGAAGGUCUUCGGGGUUACAAAUCUUCGAGACCGGUAGCUGAGGGUCUUUUACCAAGAUACUGAGUAGUGAGCUCUAUCCAAGCUGAGGGUUACGGUUUCCACUUGAUUCUCCAUUCCAAGCCUGUCAGUGGAACUUUAAUUCCAGAUUCCAAUCGUUAGCAGGAUUCUGGAUUCCUUGAGUUGAUAAAUUACGGAUUCCAAAGCCCAGGAUUCCGGAUCUCACAAGCAAAAUUUUCCCGGAUUCUGGGGCGAAAAGGGUUUAUAGGACAUUGGUUUUCAACAACAAUAAAAAGUUAUAAUCAUAAUUUAUAUUUUUUUUCUUUAUAGGAACAGGCACGUGGCAAACACCGUUGGUCAUUUCCAGCGCUUGCCAGAUUGAAGAGUCCAAGUUCCAGUGGUAUGAAUUUUAAAAUUUACUUAUCAAUGUCAGACGGACACAAAGGGAAGGGUUAUAUGCAAGCAUAAAUAUGAUAAAUAAUUUGUUUAUGAUAGCUAACGAAACGGUUUUAAUUAUUCAGUUAACCCAUUUUUUUUUUUUUUUUUUUUGGGUGUGUGUGUGUGAUUCUCGAAGAUUUACGUUUCUUUAUCUGACUUAGUCAUACAGCUCCUUGUUGUAGAACGUGGUGAGUUUUACCGUUGUUGUUCAAUUUACCCCCAGGACUUCUUAUAAAACCUUAAAACACAAAUCGUCCGGGUUCUGUGUGCAUCCUUUAUCCGGGACACCAAAGAGCGGAACUUCCGCCAUUCUGUGGCAGGAUGAUUGUAAUGAAGAUAGACUCCAGCUGGAUCUAUUCAAGUUGCCAGGUUGGUGCAAGAAUAUGGAUAUUAUCUUGUUUUAUUGCAAAUGUAAACACCAAUACAAUAUCAGGUGUGCUUUCGUACGGAAACAUGACCUUAAAACACGCGAUAGAACAUGUUAAAAGGGUUGGUAUUUCAUUAGUGUUUAUGAAGAGCCCCUGAGAUAUGGGAUAUUACAUGGUCUGAGGCAGAUACCGGAAAUUAAGGAGUAUCUUCACCUGGCUGCAGACAUUUUGUAAAAUGAUAAGGAGAUGGAUGAAAGGAUAGGGAAUCUGUCAUUCGGGUAUGUGAAGCUGAGUCAAAAGUGGCAUAUAUAGUGGUAAGGGGUUGGAACUCUGAGCGAAACCUUGCCCUGUAAAACUGUUGUGUACCUACCUUAUGGAGAAUCUUGGAGGUGUUGGUUGGAUGUUACCUUCUUACGUUUUUUGACCGAUUGAGGAAAAGGCGAUAUUAUUUGCGUCAUACUGAUCUUCUACAAAAGUUAAAUUUUUGGUAUAAUGGACUGCAUCAUACAUCAUCAUUCCCAGAGGCCAAGAAACAACGUUACAAUGUCUUCAGUCAGAGAAACAACCUAGAAUUCUGAGAAUUUCCCUUGUGUCAUGAUUAAUCCUUUCUUUGCAGUAUUUCAAAGUCCAAUACAAGCUUUUAAUGGCUUCUGUCUCCAACCUGCAAGCUCAAACUGUGAUCCAGCAGAUAACACUCGACUUGUUUAUCACAAAGCAGCUCGAUGCAAGAACAACUACAUGUUUUUCACUUACAAGAACGAAGUUCUAAUCCAUACUUGCAGUGGCAAGAGAGUUUGUCCACAGGGUAAGUACGCCUUUCAAGACUGCUCGCAGUCUUGAAAGGGCGGUAUGAGAUAUGGUAGAAUGCGAGCACACGCGAGUGGCAAACGGCGAAGCCGCGAGAAACAAGGGCUGAGCCCUAGCGAAGAAAAUCUCUCCUCCUUUUUGCUGCCACGCGAGCGAGCCUGAAGCGAGUGGGCAAGGCAGCAGACCUAAUCUGUACAAGGACAAAUAUUUUUGAUUUCUACCUACGAUGCAUCUGCAUGGAUUUUUAACCACAAUGCACAGGAUUUUUACCACAAUCCCAAAGCACGCCCACUGCCGACCUCGGCUGGCGUUUUGUUGCAUGAAGUUCUCUUUUAAUGUGUCGGUAAUGAAUUUCUCUUUCAUGGCAUAUAUUAGCCAAGAUUUCUUCACACAGCCCGGCCGGUGUUUACCUUCACGUGUGUUUGCGUUCUUUGAACAUCGUGAUAUUUUAAAAAGUCCUUUUGAUUAUCUUCUACACCCGUGGUUUUCUUAAACCAUCGUUUCUAGUUUCUAGAAGAUAAUUUUCGAAUAAACCAGAGUAAAACCUCUAACGACUUGGGUAACAAAUUGCGUCACAAACGCUACACAUUAAGUAUUCUAUGUGCGCUAGGAUGAACGCGAGAUUAAUGCAAACGUAAUUUGAAGAUAAAAUUGAAACCAGGGAACACUCUUUCACCUAUUAGGUACUCUGGUUACCACCGUUAGUUUUCGAUAUUUUACUUUAAGGAAAAAAGGGCGAUCGCUCGAGGUUUAAUUGCUAACAAUAAGGCAGUUUUUUGUCGUACACCCCUACUCGACUGUUUAUUGUAUUAUGUAACGUCCCGCAAACACGCAUAGGUACCGAAAUCUGGGAAAUCCAGAACAGAACACCUAUGAUGACAUAUAGAGCCUAGUUUUCAUCUUGGCCAUAUUUUUUUUGUGUGUAUUUCCAAAGGUCAACGUCACUAUGUUAUCUUGCCCCUCCCCCAUGAGUCUAAGCCGAACAGAUGCUGUCGAAAAUUUUGGGAAAAACUUCUUCGUUUUUUCCCUUGCUGUUGAUAAAAAGAGUGUUUGAUAUUUUGAUUACAAUAUAGUUUCUAUCUAUUAUGUGAGGAAAUCAGACAGAAUAAAACGUCAACAAAACAUUUCGAAGACUGGUAAAAUGACUUCAAUAACUGAAAUGCUUUUCUUUCUUUCAGAUGCAACGCCAACUUGGGAAACGCCCCUGGUUAUUUCCAGUAGAUGUUCAACCGAUGCGUCCAAGUUUCAAAGGUGACACUAAAUUAAAAUUUGAAAUAAAUGUUCGCGAGGGAAACAGAUAAUUUGGUUUUCAUUCAGUGUUGAUACAAGUUCAACAAAAAUGAAAGAAUAGUUUAAAAUAUUUUUAAAAAUUUGAAACUUUUGGCUGGAAAUUGUCAGACGCCACAUGACGUUAAAAAUGGGCGCUUGGCGAAAAAUCCUGUCAUCUCAAACAAAAAUGAGGAUGUUUCGUUCCUUCUACACUUUAGAGUAUGCUGCUGUUUGAACAGCUUUGAUUUGCCGUUGGUAACAGCUAUUUUAUCCACUAAAGACAUCAGUUUUGCAUGUUGCUGGAUCAGAAGAGACUUUUGGCAGGAAAUUGUAAGACGCCAUGUGACGACAAGCUAGCCAAUGAAAAUGCGCGCUUGGCGAAAAAUCCUGUUAUCUUAAAAAAAAAACAAUGGAAAAUUUUUCGUUCCCUUUUUCCGUGGUUGUUUCACGCUGAUGAGUCGUCUGUCCAUACCUGCCGUUGCCCAGGUGAUAUUGCUGUGCGCAUGCGUAAACUUUUGGCCAAGACGGGCAUUGCUUUUCUUCCAUGUCACUUCCGUUAACCCUUUAAGCCGCAAUAUGCGCAUCCACGCUUAUGUCUUGUGCUUUGAAUGAUCUCUGUCCUUUAGAACUUUCCACAAGACCUUAAUACACACAGUAUCAGGAUUCUGUGUGCAUCCAUACGGUGGACCACCUAAGGAAGGAAUUCACGCCAUCUUGUGGAAAGAUAACUGUAACGAAAAGAGGCUUCAGCUGGAUCUCUCCAUGUUGCGAGGUCAGUAG